AUGGACUCAAGCCGAGAAGACAUGAAGGAACAACUCGAUUCUCCAUUCAUCAUGAAAAAUGGAAAUCUAUGCCAAGAAACUAAGGACCCUAGUUACAUUGAUAUGAGACAAAGAUGGUAGAGGUUCUUGGUUCUGGGUUUGAAGGAGAUUAUUGAUGAAUUCCAAAUAACUAAUGUAGAAUUUGGAAUGUUGUUCUCAAUAUACUCGAUUCCCAAUAUAUUCCUAGCCUUGCUCAUGGGAUACUUCACGGAUAGAAUUGGAAUAAGAAAUGCUACAACAAUCUAUACUCUUGCCACUCUUAUUGGACAACUUCUUUUUGCUCUUAGUCCAAUUGUCAGUUCCUAUAACUUGGCUUUAAUUGGAAGACUCAUCCAUGGUGUAAGCUCUGAAGCCUUAAGUAUGGCAGUAGUUAUCAUCAUCAAUCAAUGGUUCUUAAAGGCAGAGAUAGGACUUGCUUUUGCAAUCAUGAUUACUCUUGCAAAAGGUGGAGUCAGCCUAACAAAUCUAGUUACACCUCAAAUUUUGGUGUAAAGUGGAGGAAGUAUUGUUUAGUGUCUUAAUUUUGGAGUAUUAUUGACAUUAAUAGCUUUCAUGUUUGCCUUGUUGUUCUCCAAAAUCGACAAAUAUAAUGAGGAGCAUGUUGAAUUAGAAAGAUCAAGAGUGUCAAGCUUUAAUAAUCUUCAAAUGAAUGCUGAAACUCCAGCCAAAAAAGGUUUUAUCAGUUGCAAACUAAUUAAAGAUCUAGACAUGAAAAUUUGGGUUUUCUGCCUAGUGUUCUUCUUGUCUUAUAGUACCUUUGGCCCCUAUCAAAAUAAUGUUAGUAUGAUUCUGAGAACAAGAUUCAACUUUGAUAUUUUAGAAGCUGGAUAGAUAAUGAAGAAUACUGACUCUGGCAAUUGCAGCACUAUUGCUUACAUUCUAGCACUUUUACAUAUUCCUGUUGCCAGAUUCAAUGAGAUCAUAGAUAAAGAAAGAUAGGGAUUUGGGGUUGGUCUAUCAAAUUCAGCAUAAAAUUUAGGAAACUCGAUAUCCCCCAUCCUGAUCGGAAUGAUACUUGAUAACUAAGAUAAAGAAAGCAACUCUUUAGCAAAUGGAUACUAAUAAAUCAGUCUUUUACUGGGAUUUGAAAGUCUUGCUUUCCUCUCAAUACUUGCUAUGUGGUCUAUAUAACUAAUGACAAGGAAAUCCAGGCCACUCACUCUAAGAAUUUGA